AUGGCUCAAUCAUCACCGGCUGCCUUGGCAGCCUUGUACACCUUUGCUGGUGCUCCUGUGGCCAAGGGUCUGAUGAUUGGGACGGGGCUGGCGGCGCUGGCUGGCAGCGCCAUCCACUGGCCUGAAUAUUGCUUUGUGCCCACCUCGCCGUGGGCCGUGAGCGAGCUCCUGGCGUGGCCCCUCCAUGCCAUCCUUCUUCCAGAUCGAUCGACUGCAUUGUUUGGCAGCAUCUUCAUCUACCUCACACGGCCCAUCGAGCGCUACCAAGGCUCUCGCCGCUUCGGAGGUCUUGUGAGCUGGCUGGUCAUGGUUUCGUGGCUUGUACAAUACUUGUUUGUGCGAGCCAAUUACUUGCCCGGCUUUGUCCCUGGCGGCCCGAGCCUGAUCGGCGGUCUCUUCAUCAAUUUACUGCUGGACGUGCAAUCGGAGAGUCGGCAAGGUUGGGUGCCUGGCAAACUGCUGGGCAUAGCCAUGCUCGCACAUGCACGCACAGCCGGGCUAGGUACGGCUACCCAGCCGCACUCACGUGUUCGCACCAUCAGUGGCAAUCGGCCCUUCACGGACAAUCUGUUGGGUGGCGCACAUCCCGCCCAAGGACUCGGUGCUGGCAACGGCCUGAUUCCUGUUACAGAGGAUAACAUUGCUCAGCUAGAACAGCUCGGCUUUUCUCGGGCCCAGGCAGAAGCCGCUUUGCAACGCACGGCCAACAACGUGGAUGCAGCCGCCGACAUGCUUUUCUCGCAAGGGUAG